GCGUCCGGUCGGUCAGAGGAGUGCCGUCGUCCGGAGCGGCCACGAAAACGCCGUCUCUGUGUGGUGGUGGUGGGUUCUCACGUGUCCGACAGCCGAGCGAACCGUCAGCUGCACAUCGACCAUUGUUGACAUCGGUGACCUUUGCCCCUGAUACCUCGCAGGGUAUCGCUGUGUGACGCAUUAGUGUGACGUUCAUCGCUCGGCGAACGGCACCAAUCCUCGCACCACCUCCGCGGCAAUCCUCGUGACGGCUUGUGACGCGACUGGUUUUCGGUAAUCAACAGAAAGUGCUCCACUUGUGAGUGAGUGAGCGAGCGUGUGCCCAAAGCGUGACGCCGGGGGCUAUCAGCGCGUCGCGCCGCCCCCGCGAGUGCCGGCACUUUUACCGGUGGGCCAGGUGGAGUGCGACCGUCAGUGGAGGGCGAGCAGCUGUAUCCGCCGCGCGACCGGCGAUCAGUAGCGCACGGGCACGGCACGCGCGAGGGCUGCACGAGCGAGGAGCGACGAGCACGGAGCGAGGAGCGAGGAGCGGGAGCGGGAGCGGGGAGCGAGAGCGGAGCGAGCACGGGGAGUGAGCAACGCUCAGGUGUGCCUGUUGUUGAACGGACGCAUUGCAAAAUACCGAGAGAUAUCGUGCGGUGCAUCGCGAGGCAUCGCAGCGAACGAGAACUAGCGACCACGCAGCGUGGGGUCUGUCAGAGUUGAUCGCAGUGUUUUGGUGAACUUUGAGGGCCGUCACCAUGGUUCGGGGACCGAUCCCGAGUCUGCGCACCUGGGAGGAGCGGCAGGGCUGCGGCCCGCCGCUGCACUCGACCGCUCCAUCCAACGGUCUGAAGCGCUCCAAGCCUGUGAACGUGCCGAAGCCCAUGCCGUCGCUGGCUGAGCGGGAGGUCAUCAUCGAAAGUCGAUCUGAAGGGCGCCAGAUGAAGCAGAGUGUACCGCCGCCGCCCCCGCCACCCCCGGAGAAUGGCAGAGCCAGGGACAGUAUUACCAUCUACUCAACGCCGACUCUGGCUAAGCUGGCACAGACGCAACAGCCGGCGAAGGCAGCCACUCCGCUCACACCGUCCAUCUCAAACGGAAUCCACAACGGCGCGAACUCCAGCCGAACUCAGGCGGGCGUAGAGACGGAAUCAUUGGACUCCUUUACUCUGGAGCACCCGCCGCCGGCCGCGCCCAAGCCUCCUCCUACCUACUUCGACGGAGCGCCGCGAAAACGGGACGUGCUCGUGUCGAUUGGCUCGUACGGGGACAGCCGGCCGGCUCCGUCCCGUCUGCAGUUCCUCGGCAGCCAGAAAGGAGCCGAAGACUCCAACGGCAGCAAGUUCGAGGAGGUGACCACCCAGCUGCAGCACGAGCUGGUGCAGACGCUGUCGCGCUCCAACCUCCGUCAUCGGACCGGCUCCAUGGACAACCUCCUCUCCGACGGUGGCGCCAGCACGCGGCGCACCGUCACAGACAAAUACGGCAGCGUUCUCAACAUCAGCGACAGUGGCGCCGAUUCCGGCCCUGGCGGCGGAAUUCUAAAGAAUGGACAAUGAUCGGCGACGUGCCAGUGACAGUGCUCUGAUCGACUGGCACCGUCGCCGCUCCACACAAGUCGUCCGAGUCGGGACGUAAUCGGACCUCGAGAUCGCGACAUCCGACGGAGACAUGCGAUACCACGCACGCUUAGGCGGCGUUCCAGACAUCUGGCUUAGCCCAGCGACUUAGCUAGACUUCCCACCGGACAGAGAUGCUACAGCUGUAGACACGAUGCGGCUCCGAGCCCAAAUCAGUGCUAUCUAGCAAAUUUCUGGACUCGUGUCUAAUCUACACCGGGAUCUGAGUGUCGCCGUUUCGCGUUUGACCGUCUGUUUGAGCACGAGUAACUUUCGGGUGUAAUUAGUUUGCGUCGGAUCGACCCCGUGAUGACUUUUGCUGUCUAAGUGGACCGUAACAGCACCAAACGACCUCCAGCGGAAUCGGACGCUCCUCAGUGCUUGUCGGUGCGCGACCAAUCAGACCCCAGACUGGUCAGACUGCGGAACUCAGUGUCAAACUUCAGAUACAGACUAGUCGGGACUGUGAAGCUUUCUAUCGAUCGGAGAUUAGAAAGGGCCGUGCGACUCCCAGUUGUCCGAACUCCAAGUGCUAGUCGGGACCGCUAGAAUCAGUGUCGGACUCUGGACUAGUGAUAAUUGUAAGACUUUUGGUUAUUUGUCUGCAGGCUAGUAGAAAAUGCUGAAUUCUCGGUCGUCCGUCGCUCCGUCGCUGUUGAGUGGCGCAGGCACCUGGUGCUGAAACCGUGCGAGUGGUUCCAAGAAACCAAGAGGUUCGAUGAUGUGGGUGCGUCGUAUGCUGAACUUUUUAUUUCAUUGUGUAUUUCCUGUCAUCUGAGCCUUCAAUCCAUGCUGUUAAACUCCAGCUCUGCGAACGGCCCAUGCAAGCCGUUCUUGAAGUGUCUGGUGCAGAAAUUGGAUGUCGGU